CCGUAUGCUCAUUGCCACAAAUUGACAAUAGUAAAAGUGUGAAUGGAAGUGGUCAUAGUCGUGAUGAAAAAUACACAUCGUACAGUGUUACCUGCGAGGCGGGAUUCUAUCUUUCGAACUUGAAUUAUCCAAUGAAUUGCACAUUCGCUGGAGGAGCCUUCACAGCAGUACCCACAUGUGAAGCUUGCAACCAUACUAAUCUCGAUGGCGUCGAACAAGUUGACUCCAAUGGUACUGUCACUUGUAGAUACGAUACAUUCAAAGCAACUGCCUCAGGCCCCGCAAUGUGUAAUGCAUCUGGAGACGGUUUUUGGACAUGGACCGAAACCUGCACAAGUUGUACUACACCUCCUACAGCCAAUGCCAAUAUUUCAGCAAAUGGCAGCGUGAGUUGCAAAACCGGAUUUGUACAAACAUCUACUACUUCGGUAAAAGCAAGGUGUGAUGACAGCAGAGCUGCAGGUGCAAGUGCUAAUUGGACAGGCUUUGGACAAUGCCAACCCGUAUGCUCAUUGCCACAAAUUGACAAUAGUCAAAGUGUGAAUGGAAGCGGUCAUAGUCGUGAUGAAAAAUACACAUCGUACCUUGUUACCUGCAAGGCGGGAUUCUAUCUUUCCAACUUGAAUUAUCCAAUGAAUUGCACAUUCGCUGGAGGAGCCUUCACAGCAGUACCUACAUGUGAAGCUUGCAACCAUACCAAUCUCUAUGGCGUCGAAAAAGUUGAGUCCAAUGGAACUGUCACCUGUAGAUACGAUACAUUCAAAGCAACUACCUCAGGCCCCGCAAUGUGUAAUGCAUCUGGAGACGGUUUUUGGACAUGGACCGAAACCUGCGCAAAUUGUACUACACCUGAUACAGCCAAUGCCAGUAUUGCAGCAAAUGGUACCGUCAGUUGCACAACCGGAUUUGUACAAACAGCUACUUCGGUAAAAGCAAGUUGUAAUGACAGAGCUGCAACGCUCAGUACUGAUUGGACAGACGUUGGACAAUGCAAACCUGUAUGUAAUUUGCCAUCUAUUAUGAAUCAUGCAAGCAUAAUUGGAACUGGUUCUCAGGUCCUCAACAAGUACACAAUGUACGAUGUCACUUGUAAAUCAGGAUUCUACCGCCACCCAUCAAUGUAUCAAAGGGAGUGCAGAACGGCAAAUGGAGGCUUCUCACAAGUACCCUCAUGUCGGAGUUGCUCGCACGCUGAUCUUGGAAACGUUCAGGAGAUCGCUGACGCCACUGGUGAAGUAACAUGCACCUAUGGUGCAUUCAAAACGCUCUCGUCACAGAAUGCCAACUGUGAUAUCAAUGGAGGUGGAUCUCAAGCUGGAAAAUGGCAGUGGACUGGUAGAUGCAUACCUUGUACUACACCUGGUACAGCCAAUGCCAGUAUUGCAGCAAAUGGUACCGUCAGUUGCACAACCGGAUUUGUACAAACAGCUACUUCGGUAAAUGCAAUUUGUGAUGACAGAGCUACAAUGACCAGUACUGAUUGGACAGACGUUGGACAAUGCAAACCUGUAUGUAAUUUGCCAACUAUUACGAAUAGUAUGCAUGUAACAGGAGGCAGGCAUAGUGUCCUUGGAAACCCCAAAAAAUACACAUCCUACAGUGUUGCUUGCAGUCCAGGAUUCUACCUUUCCGACCCAGGGUAUUCAAGGCAAUGCACAUCGGGCGGAGGAAUGUUCCUAUCCGUGCCACAAUGUGAAAGUUGCUCGCACGCUGAUCUUGGAAACGUUCAGGAGAUCGCUGACGCCACUGGUGAAGUAACAUGCACCUAUGGUGCAUUCAAAACGCUCUCGUCACAGAAUGCCAACUGUGAUAUCAAUGGAGGUGGAUCUCAAGCUGGAAAAUGGCAGUGGACUGGUAGAUGCAUACCUUGUACUACACCUGAUACAGCCAAUGCCAGUAUUGCAGCAAAUGGUACCGUCAGUUGCACAACUGGAUUUGUACAAACAGCUACUUCGGUAACAGCAAUUUGUGAUGACAGAACUACAACGCUCAGUACUGAUUGGACAGACGUUGGACAAUGCAAACCUGUAUGUAAUUUGCCAUCUAUUAUGAAUCAUGCAAGCAUAAUUGGAACUGGUUCUCAGGUCCUCAACAAGUACACAAUGUACGAUGUCACUUGUAAAUCAGGAUUCUACCGCAACCCAUCAACGUAUGAAAGGGAGUGCAGAACGGCAAAUGGAGGCUUCCCACAAGUACCCUUCUGUCAGAGUUGCUCGCACGCUGAUCUUGGAAACGUUCAGGAGAUCGCUGACGCCACUGGUGAAGUAACAUGCACCUAUGGUGCAUUCAAAACGCUCUCGUCACAGAAUGCCAACUGUGAUAUCAAUGGAGGUGGAUCUCAAGCUGGAAAAUGGCAGUGGACUGGUAGAUGCAUACCUUGUACUACACCUGGUACAGCCAAUGCCAGUAUUGCAGCAAAUGGUACCGUCAGUUGCACAACCGGAUUUGUACAAACAGCUACUUCGGUAAAUGCAAUUUGUGAUGACAGAGCUACAAUGACCAGUACUGAUUGGACAGACGUUGGACAAUGCAAACCCUUCUGCACAACGCCAAGUGUAAACAAUGGUCGUGUAACUACCACAGCCGUGUUAACAAAAGCCAGGUUUUACGAAGUGACAUGUAACACCAACUAUCAAUUGACAAAAGUCAUUUACCACAAAGAAUGCCACCAAAAUCCAACUUUCACACUGAUUCCCAUGUGUGCGCCUGAACCACAAACUAAUAUAACAGCAAGGAUAAAUGAUCAAGCUCCAAAACAUUCAGGUUCUGUAUCAGUAGGGCAUAAUGAAGUUUUAAAUCUAACAUGCAAUGUCCGUGGGAAAGCCACAUAUCAAUGGAAAAAAGGAUCUGCUAACAUUGGAACAUCGGAGCAUUAUAGUUAUCCCGAUUUUUCCCCAAGCACAACAGUAGCACCUCAAGUGACAAUUUCAUGUCAUGGGACCAAUAUCGAUAUUGACAGUAGUAUACAGGAAAGAAUGAGCUCUGCAUCCAUCACAGUGGACCAGAAACUAAGCCGGCCUAUUAUCAGUGGAGAUACCAACGUGUAUAUUGACUUCGUGGAAGGCAUGGCUGUUACUCCAUUUUCUAUAUGUAUAUCGUUCAAUGUUCAUCCACAGCCCGUGGCAACGGACGUUGCCUGGGCGGUUCCAAGAUCAAUAACGUUUCAGACUAGCUUCAAAAUGAUAUCAGGAUGCUUUGAAAGUAAAGUAACGAUCGAUGCUACUAGCAUCCGCGAGGCAUCUGGAACAUAUAAUGUAACAGUUAUGACCAUGGGAGGAACAACCACAUACAGCGUCACUGUCGAAGUGCGAUCACAACCCAAGGUAACGGUGUCAGAACCAACUAACCUUACUGUGGUGAUGGAGAAGAGCGCUCCGAACUGGACUUUCAUUGCAACAGGCAAUCCGAAACCAACACUAACCUUGCAGUAUGAAGGAAGUGCCAUCCAAAUGGUCUCGGGGGACAUGAUGCCAUCACGGGUGCUCCAAACCUCAACUAUCACCAUAGCACCAAGUACACUCCGCAAUGCCAGUGGUUUGUACACAUUUUUGGCAUCAAACUCGAUUGCAACCGCCACCCACUCUGCACGUUUGAGUCAUAGGCUUAUCGUAACCUCUUCUCCGACUAUCACCUAUCCAACAACACGCACAAUAAUCAAUACCCGAGAGUUCAGGGCAUUCACUCUGUCUUGCGACGUUAACGGGAAUCCUGGACCUUACCUUUCGUUGUUUGAUAGCAGUAGUAUAUUGACUAACGUAUCGUCCAACACCGGAAAUGACAAUGAUCUUGUUAGCAAAUCAAUAUCCAAAAGCUACAUGAACAUGACACGAAAUCAGACUGGAAAUUAUAGCUGCUCUACACGCUCCAAUCUUUACCCAACUCCUCAAAUUGUUCAUGUGGAAGUCAUUGUCCAGUAUCCCCCGGAGCUGUGUACUUGGGCAAGCAGCCGAACACUUGUCUACAGACCUGAUCAGAACCGCUCAAUCAAUGUGAUGUGCUCAUGCAAUGCUGUUCCGUUUGCAACCUACACGCAUACUAAUGAUUUGAGAUAUGGUCCAAUGAAAGGCAAAACAACCACUAACGUUACUGCUUCUAACUCUCCACUGAUUCUCACUAUUCACCCCACUGCUGCCGGUAUCUAUGAAUGCCAAGCAGCUAACAAUGCCUCCACUAAACCUUCCGAGAUUUUCAAUUCAAAAUUUACUAUCGAUAUCAAAGCACCUCCACACAUGAGUUUCACUGACAAUACUGUCACUGUUGGGGACAAUAUCACGGUCAACUGCACAGUGAGCAGCUUCCCUCAAUCAACAGGUUUAGUAUGGAGAUAUGCAAAUAACACGAAUAUUGUUGACAAUAGUGUAUUUACGGUAACAAAGCAUGGCAUGCCUCUGCUCAAUGGCAACAGUGGCCUGUUUGAACAAACGAUAUCCUUGUCCAUUACUGAUGUGAAGCAGUCACACCGACUUAAUUACCUGUGUGUGGCCGACAAUGGCAUAUCUCCCAUUGAGCCGGCUCUGGAUUUCCGUGGCAAUAGUGAUGUUACCGCAACUGCAACACUGAGUCUUAAUGUGCAAGGUCUUUUCCGGACCCGACUUUUCAUGGACGCACCAAGACAAAAGGUCUACCAUGUUGAUCAAGCAUUGAUAGCUAAAUGUACAGCCACAGGCAAUCCUCAACCAGCGAUUAAGUGGUUCAGUACCACUGCAAGCUUUGACAAUGCUACUGAGACACGCAGUGGGGUCAAGGUUACCAAAUACAGCUUCAAUACUACAACUGAACAAGCCGUCGGUAUUCUGCAGAUUGAUAACAUCCAGUACUCAGAUGAAGGCUACUACUGGUGUACUGUUGAUAAUGAUGUUGACAUGACUGACUCGAAUUCACUCAAUGUCACUGUUUUAGGAUCUCCAAAGAACACCCUGAUUACUCCAACAAUCACUGUCAACGAGAGCACCGAAAUUGUCAACUUGGACUGUGAAUUUACUAGCCUCCCAAUUUCAAAUGUGGCUUGGUAUGACGGCUCCAGGGAAGAGCUAUCUAACUCUUCACAAAUCACUAUUACUGUUUAUCCACCAACAAAGACAUCAGCAGGAGAUUUCAAAGUAAAGUCGACACUGUCCUUGACCAAUGUGACACGUGAAAAUCUCAACAAGUACCUGUGUGUUGCAAGCAACGGUUUGGCAAAUACAACAAACCAGAUCAAUAUUGACCAGUCAAGCAGGGUGGAAUCUUCCUUCUCGGCUACAGCAACAACCAGCCUCAAUGUGUUAUUUGGUGCCAAUUUCACCACGGACUUACAGGAAGAGUAUAUUCUUGAUGUGAGCCAGAACUUCACACUAACAUGUAUUGCCUCUGGUAAUCCAUUGCCGGUGAUCACUUGGAACUCAACAGCAACAUUGUUUUCUAAUGACACGAUCAGUGAGAUCUGGAACGGCCAGUCCAAAUCCCGCUCCCUUCGUAUUGUGAAUGCCAAUGAAACACUCCAUAGUGGAGUAUACUAUUGUGUCGUCAGCAACACACAUGGCAGGGCUGUGUCGACUAUGGCAAAUAUCUCCAUUCAAGAUAUCAAUGAAUGUGGUUCCAACCCAUGCAUGAAUGGGCAGUGCACCCCAGGCAUUGCACAGUACACUUGCCAGUGUGAUGCAGGAUGGAGGGGGAGCAACUGUGAAAUAAAAGCAGAAGACUACAAUGAGUGCUUGUCUAAUCCAUGCUCCAACAAUGCUACAUGUGUGGAUGGCAUUCUCAGUUACAAGUGCAUUUGCCCAGAUGGCUACACUGGAUCUGUAUGCCAAUCAUUGCUUCCAUGUCCUGACAUGCACACACGCGACAGGGGUGGAGUGUUCUGUAAGAAAUGUUCUUGCAACACACUAGGAACACAUAGCUGUGACCCAGAGAAUGGCACUUGCUACUGCAACCAACAUAUCGGCGGUGAAACCUGUGACCAAUGCCAGCUUGGCUUCUACCCUGAGACUGGAAAGAUUGACUCAUGCCAGAGCUGCCCGUGUGUGGCCAACACCACCCAAGCUGCCAACACCUGUAACACAACUAGUGGUAUCUGCAAUUGCUUAGACAACUACUCUGGCCACAGAUGUCAGCUUUGUAGCACGGGCCACUACAAGGUCGGCGGCGAAUGCACCUCGUGUCAAUGUAGCGCAAAGGGCUCCUAUGAUCUCACCUGUGACAUUGCUACUGGUGCAUGCAGAUGCCGUCCAGGUCACACUGGGAGCAACUGCUUUAAGUGUGAAGAAGGCUACUUCCAGCCAGCCACCAAUGGUGCACACAGUCCGUGUGUUGCCUACGACUCAAGUAUUGCCUGCCAAGUGUGCUAUUGUUCUCCAAUGGGGUCAAACGGCAGCAGCUGUAAUAACGGAACAGGAAAGUGCCAAUGUCUUCCAGGAUAUACAGGUGAUAAGUGUGACUCUUGCAUAAGUCCAUCUCAGUUUCACACAGAAUCCGGUGGUUGCCAGGAUUUGGAUCAGCAGCUCUUCAAUGGCAGCACUUCAUCCUUGGUCAACGGAUCUAGUCUGAACUUGAACUAUCCAUUCGUGUUUGGUUCUAGGUUCACAUCACAUCGCGAAGUGUCGGUGUCCUUUGAUGGAUUUAUGUCCCUCAAUCGGUUUUCUGGUGGCUAUAAUGUCAACUCGCGAGUGACUGAACAUCUUGCCAUUAUUGCACCGUAUUGGACUACGCGUUUCGGAAAUCAGUCUUGCUCAGCCGGAACCGUGGAAACGCACCAUGUCAACAAGACUGUGGAUCCAGUUACCUUUUCAGCCAUACAAGAAAUGAUUGAAGUCCAGUACAAACCCGUUGAAUCAUUCAGGCCAGAAGAGGCAGUCAUCACAACCUGGAGGGAGAUCCGUGAAAACAACCAGCACAAUGGGCGCAACACAUUUCAAGCAGCGAUCAUUAGUGAUGACUGCCAGUCAUUUGCUGUAUUUAACUAUCCUGACCAUGGCAUUACCUGGAAAGGCUUUCCGUAUGCAGUGAUUGCACCUGGAACGAUUUUGGCUACUUCUGGAACUGCCAAUGUCUUGCCAACAAGUGGCAUUUACAACCUAACUAAUGGCUGCAGUGCAAAGCUACGUGCACAGAAAGAGUGCCAACAACGGGUUACAAACGCUUCCUUGAUCCCCUAUUCAACUAUGGAUAUCGCUGAGUGUCCUGCACACAUCGAUAUUAUUGAAGCACGUGCCGCAUUUUCAAAACAAGACUUCCCUCUGCAUGAAUGCUAUAUAUCAGCUCCUAUUACCAGAGGCUCGAAUCAGCUAUCCUCUCACUGCUGCUAUUACAAAAGGAACGGACAACUGAUUGACUCUGGCCUCUACCAACCAUUCCAAUCAAUUUCACCAGAAGACAUUAACUUGCGUAACAUCUGCAACACAGGUGGUAUGUUAUCUCACUUCUUGUUGAACCGUAACUCUCCCGAAGCAGCUGAGAAGCGAACUACAGUACAGCAAAGUUACUGCUAUGGUGAUCCACAUCUUGCAAGCAUUGGUGGAGAGAAGUUUGACUUCCAUGUGGUGGGAGAGUUUGUCCUGGGAGACAUGCAUGGAACUGAUCUUUCCAUGCAAGUUACAGCAAGAAUGGAGAUCGUGCCGGUUGACAAUGACGCCAACUUUACCUCCAUCACACGUGUUGGUGUUGUGCUUAGACAAAACCUCUCUAGCAUCACCAUACAAGUGUUCUCCAAAGAAGGCAAUAUUGAAGUGGAAGGCAACUUGACAACACAAGACAUUCGAGAUGGCCAUGAGAACUUCGAACUCCAGCGUGACGCAAACAGCAUCAUUGCUCGGAUUGGAAGUUUUGCUGCCAAUAUUUCAGUACAGAGUGAUCCAAUUUUGGUGGUUGCUCUUCAAAUUCAAAGGAAUGCUUCAUUCACCGGUCUUCUUGACAUAGACCGUGGCGAUGCAAGCAUCUUGCUAAAUUCCACUGAACUCAGACUGAAAGCAAAACAAUAUCAAGUGAACGAGAGUACAAGUCCUUUCGUGUACUCCAAUGUCAGCACGUAUGGAAUGUUUAACCCUACUACACCACCCAUGGUCGGCACCGUCAAUACAUCGGCAGCAAAUGUCAGUGCAUGCAGUGGUGAUUUGACCUGUGUUGCUGAUUUCCUGGCUUCUAAGGACUUGAAAUUAGCCAAAAGCACGCUGAUGUCCAAUAAGGAACUCAAGAGUACCACCAAGACAGCUGCCCGUACUCCACCGCUCAUUUCGUGGACUCCAUCGGCCUUGCACGGUACAUAUACUAAUACUAGCCGCAUUACGAUCAUGGCGACUGCAACUGGCGCGGACAUUGAAAGCAUUACACAUAAUGCCACUGGCAUCAAUGUAACCGUUUUUAAAAUGCAAUCCAACACAUUGAUGUUGACUUGGACUCCUGCUGAAAGACGCCCCACUGGUAGUGUAGUGCUGCAAGUCACUGCAACAGACAGUAAUAAUGAGACAGACACCAGGACGAUUCCUCUCACGCUUUGUGGGUGCUACGGGAUUUGCAAACAACCUCCGGCCGCCGAUCAAUUGUCAGUUGGAUUUACUCAGCUUGACUGUUUGUCUUGUGAUGCAGGACGCACUGGUCUUAACUGCGAGGGUGAUCUGAACAGCUGCGAAAAUGAGCCUUGCUCUGAUCGGUAUGUGUGCACCGAUAUCCCACUUCCCAACACCGGAUACAUGUGUGAAUGCCGCACUGGAUUCACAGAGAGCUAUGGACGGUGCUACGACGUGGAUGAAUGUUCCCGAGGCACUCACAACUGUCCAACUGGCCGCAGCAUGUGCCAGAACGCGGUAGGGUCUUUCUUGUGCUCGUGUUCUCCUGGGUAUACUGGUGAAAACUGUAAUGACAUCAACGAAUGCUCCUCUAAUAUGAAUGAGUGUGAUGACAAAAACUCCAUCUGCACAAACACAAUGGGAGGUCAUACUUGCUCGUGCCCACGUGGAUUUGCCGGAACUGGAAGACUGAGAGAGGGUGGUUGCUAUGACAUCAAUGCUUGUUCCAACAACGUACACGAUUGCAUAGCAGCCAGUGUUUGUACUGAUGAUGGGAUGGUGCUUGGUGGUCAUACCUGCACCUGUCCUGAUAGCCAGCUUCAAACAUUUGACCAGACGUGUGAUGUUAAGCCAAGUCUUUCCGAGCCAGAGUUGCAGAAGACAACGGCCAACUUUGGUGACAAGAUCUCGUUCCAGUGUGCCUUCAUUGGUCUCAUCCGCAACUCAGUUACCUGGAAUGGUCCGAAUCGUAAACAAAUUCAGACAAAUCAAAGUUUCACCGUAUCCCAGGUGAAGUCCAAUGUGGGAAUGAACGCCACACUUGCCUUCACACUAACAUCCACCCUUCAAGCCGGAAACUUUACUUGCACCGGUGGAAACAGUCGCGAUAGCACUUCAAAGACAUUCGAGCUGACUCUUGAUAGAUCAGCAGCAACUGCCACAGAUAAUUCAAUCAUCUACAUUGCUGUGGGUAGUAGUUGUGGUGGCUUGUUGAUAAUAGUACUGGCUGGCAUUCUUAUUCGCCGCCAGAGACUCUCUGCCUCGGUGACAUUUUCCGGCAAGAAGCGAGGUUCACUGAUUCCCAAUUCUUCACCAAACAAGGGUGUUCAGAUGAAGGUUAAGGAAGGGCUCACCAAGGAUGACGAUGACAUCGAGGUCGAGAAUGUGGAAGCUCAUGUCUAAUGUCAUUGGAGCUAUUUAUUGAUGCAUAUCAAUGUGAAAAGAGCUGUUGUCACGUAUUCUGUGGAAGGUGCUCGUCACCAAAUUUACUUCCAGGAAAUAUUUAGUCACAGCUGAGCAUUCUGUGCUUUCUUCUUCUCUUUCUUCUUCCCUCUUCUUCAUCAAUGUACGCAUGUAUCAUUAACCUCAAUUGGCUCCUUUAUUUGGUCUGUAUCGCCUGUUCCUACUGCUGUGUCCACGUUAUUGUUGUUGACGACCAGGCCGAAUCUAACUGCUGAUUGGAGGGGAUAUGUCUUCUUUGCGUACGCAUAUGUAUUUGAACUGAAUUCUUCCUAUUCAUCUUAGGUCUGUCUUUCAUGCUUCUUUCUUUCUUCUGUCUUCAUCUCGCCCUUCCCUGCAACCAGCAUCUCUGAUGUAUAGCAUAUUGCCCCGGUGAAAGAUGGCUUCAAUAUCACAGCCAAAAUCACAUGAUGCUCAUAAUAUCUUUGUUAAAGAGAGUCUGGAUUUGCCCUGCAAAUAUAGAGAAGAGGAAAAAGUUAUAAUUAUAUGCACUUCCCCUAAACUUGCCCAAUUAUUCUGGCCCUGAUUAUGUUCACAGUUUAUGGCGCCUGGAUUCUCCAGAGUUGAUAUACUAGGAGUAUGAAAUGUUUACUGUUGGAGUCAUUGGUGGACACUAUUAUCAACAGAAUAUGGUGGUAACAUCCAGGUUCUGAGAACACUGUUAUGAUGCAUGCCACGUUAUUGCACUGAAACCUCGCACGGACCAGUUCAGGAGGGGAAGAGGAUGAACGUGAGAGACUAAUGUGGGUUCUUCCUGUAAGGCAGUGCAGUCACAACAUUCUCCUCAACCCUUUUCCGACUCGACAGUUCAUAUCCAAUGGAGCCUCUAUCUGACUCUACUUGAAUCGAUCUAAUCUCAUUGUAGGUGAUACUAGGAAUGAGCUUACACAUGCCCAUGAUGAGCGGCAAUUGCAUUCAGUUUCUCUCAAAUUGAUCUGAAUCACGGCAUUGUGAACUCUGCUUUUUUCUGACUACUUGUAUCGCAAUAUCGAAUAUAUAUCGCAAUGAAGGGCUAUAAUUCUGAAUCAUUGAGUUGCAGGUUGUU